AUGGCAACUUUCCAGAACACCACAACUUCUUCCGUCAUUUUCCUGCUCACUGGCAUGCCGGGGCUGGAAGCCUUCCACGCCUGGAUCUCCAUCCCCUUCUGCUUUCUCUAUGCAACUGCCCUCUCAGGGAACAGCCUGAUUCUCUUCGCCAUUGUCACUCAGGCCAGCCUCCAUGAGCCCAUGUAUUAUUUCCUCUCCAUGCUGUCCACCACUGACCUCGGGCUGUCCAUAUCCACUCUGGCCACCAUGUUGGGGAUAUUCUGGUUCAAUGCCAGGGAGGUCAUCAGCUUCAAUGUCUGCUUGUCACAAAUGUUCUUCAUUAAACUCUUCACUGUCAUGGAAUCUUCAGUGCUGUUGGCCAUGACUUUUGAUCGUUAUGUGGCCAUCUCCAAUCCUCUGAGGUAUGCUUCUGUCUUAACUGACCUUAAAAUAGCAGUGAUUGGAGUAGCAAUUGUCACCCGGGGAACCCUAAUACAGACUCCCCUGGCAGUGCUCCUGAAAAGAUUGUCCUAUUGCAGCAGUCACGUGCUCCACCACUCCUACUGCUUCCACCCUGAUGUCAUGAAGCUCUCAUGCACAGACACCAGGAUCAACAGUGCAGUUGGGCUCACUGCGCUGAUCUCCACUGCUGGAGUGGACUCUGUCUUCAUCCUCCUUUCCUAUGUCCUGAUCAUUCGAACUGUCCUCAGCAUUGCUUCCCCGGAAGAGAGGAAGAAAGCCUUCAGCAUGUGCAUCUCCCAUAUCAGGGCUGUGGCUAUAUUCUAUAUUCCAUUGAUCAAUUUGUCCUUUGUCCACAGAUUUGGAAAACAAACUCCACUAUAUGUCCAGACUCUGAUUGCCAGUGCCUACCUGUUGCUCUUUUCUGUCAUGAACCUCAUCAUCUACAGUGUGAAGACCAAGCAGAUAUGCAAGGCCGUGCUGAAAGCUCUCCGUAUUAGCAUGACAAAGAGCUAGAUGGUUGUUUUGUAUGUUUUCUGUUCUUUGUCAUAAUAGUGCAGAGAACCAAGCUUAUGCUGAGA